AUGACUGCAUUUGACUCUGCCGAGCCGAUUCGGGAAAUCCUCACGAUUUUGUCCGAAUAUCCUUCGACGGAGGCAUUCGUAAUUGACCUCUUAUCGACCUCUUAUUUCACUCGUUUCUUCGCCAAGGAGACUUUCUCCUGUGCCUCUCUCACUGUCCCUCCCCCAGACUCGCAAAACCACUGCACGUUCCCUCCGCCUCUCUUUUCCUUCUUCUCCCUUAGGGGUAUCUGUUCGUUUCUCCUCAAAACGGCGUCCUUUGCGAUCCCUCGUCCUCAAUCAAGAGAAGUCGACUUCAAUUCCUCUCGCUUUCCCCCACCCGGCCCGAAAUCCCAUCGGAGUUCGCUCGAAUCUCGUGGAGCCAGCGGCCGCGCCCCCGUGGAGGCGACUCCGUCCUUCACUCGCGCAGAGCGACGACAGUGUGUUCCCCUGUCGGGCCCGUCGUCGUUCCCUGCCAUCCUCCGUCCCCCGGCCGUUCGUCUCGCCAACCCCGUCAAUCACGUCCCUCGCAUCACCCCAAUCGCCGUCCUGCCCCACCGCUCCGACGAGAGUCUCCCCCUCGGCCUUCAACGCGACGCAUAUCCUCUGCUCACCGUUCCCGAGCGCCGGCGUAGUCGCCUCACCCCAUCUCCUACCUCUCCAACGAGCCUAGUCGUCGAACGCAGUGAGGGAGAGACCGAAAGCGGGCGCACGAGCAUCGCAUUACCCCGGCGACACCGGCGCAGCGAACAAUUAUCUCCAACAGAGAUGGCGGCAGCAUUCGCUGGCAGCGCGGCCAACGACGUCGAGAACCUGCGGCCCCCCGAAGAAGUCCAUCUUGCUCACGAUGGCACUCGUCGCCGCGAUGACGAUCGACCGCGCCAUGCCCCAUCCCAAACAUCUCUCCGAUCCCAAUCUCAAAUCGCAUCCGUCCCCUCAAACACCGGCCAAGCCCCUCCCGACGUCGCCGACGAACUGGCCUGGGGCCCCGCGCACCCCUGUUUCCCUCACUUUAACCCGCACGUUCCUAUCGGCUCGGAAGAAUACCUCACAACGCGAGUCAUUCGUAUUCGCCGUGACUGGAUGAUCAAGGGCGACUUGGCGCCGACCUUCUCCAAUCUGUAUCCCGAGAUCUUGGACCCAUUGCUUUCGGAGCAAGAGUUUCGCAAAGUGAUUGCUACCGUCAACGACGGCCUGAUCAAGGCCUUUGACCCGUUCAGCUUGCGAAAUUGGUUGGACGGAGCAAUUGGGCUCCUUACGGGCUGGAUCUGGGACGACUUAAAUGCACCGGGAGUCAAAGGCCAGUUGCAACGUGUGGAGUCCUGGCUGGAGAACUGGAACCGUGAAGUCGGCGCCAAGGACGGUGUGCAUAUAUGGAGUCUGCGCCGCACGGCGUACAUGUCCCUUGACAUUCAGAUUCCAGACCCCAAGGUUGGCGUUGUGCCGAGCGAGGGUCCGUCCAUGCCGAAUACCAGGCCCAGCACGGGUGUUGGGCCUGGUAAUUGA